UUACAGGCAUCGUACAAGAUUGUUUCUCUGAUUUGACAAAGACAAGUGUGUAGGUGUGCAGCAAAUUAGUUUAAAUUGUGGAAAACAGAAGACCGGUGGUCAGCAACUAAUUUUGCAUACAUUAUAUUAAAUACAAUCUUCAAGUGCAGCAGAUCUAAACAAUCUGCAAAAUGCAAGCCGUUGGUCAGUGUUCAGUGUGUGCCAGCCGUGCUGCUGCAGGACUUCUGAGAAAUCAGACAGACUUUUUACUGCUCCGGACCAACAAGAGUGUCCUCAGAAGGGGAGCAGCCUGUGUCCGUUUCCUAAGCAGUUCUGACAGUGUCCUAUUCAACAGCAAGAAACCUGGAUUCCACAAAAGGGGGGAACGGACAGAUAUUGUGCACAUGAGCAUAGCAAGUUUAAGUGUUGGCCAUGGGCUUUAUGCUAACCCUUUUACACAGCAAUUCGAAAACCUCUCUCAUGACUCCCUGAUCAGAAGAGCAGCAUCAGUGGUUACGGACAGUUCAAGUACUUUUCUUUCCCAGACCUCCUUGGCUCUCAUAAAUGCCCUUACAGACUACUCAAAGGCUGUGCACACACGCAUUGCCGUCCAAAGACGAUAUUUAGCCUCACUGGGAAAACUGACCCCAGCAGAGGUGGAUUCUUUCCUGGAGGUGAUCAAUGGCCAGCGUGCAGAGGUUAGUGACAGACUAAACGAAUGCAAACGUUUUGAGUCAAACUGGAUCAAUGCUGUCAACUUGUGUAAAAUGGCAGCUGAGGCAGCACACACUUCAGGAGCCGAACAGGCAUCAAUUGCAGUAAAGACAAACAUUCAGGUGGCUGAGGCGCAGGUGAAGGAGGCUCGGACACUGUCAGUAGAUGCAGAUAAGAAACUGGCAGAGACAAAAGUAGAAGAGAUCCAAAGGAUGGCGGAGUAUGCUGCCUUUCUAGAGGAUAGUGAGGAGCAUGAGGUGCAUGAGGCCUAUCUACGAGAGGACUAAGCAAUAGAGAUAUCAGAAAACCAGCAGAAAAUUGGAAUAAGUGCAUUUUUACCUUUGAAAGCUUUAGAUUUCUAUGUUUGAUUUCCCUAUUAUGUCUCUUUUGUCUUUGAUGUUUACAUAUUUUAAUUUACACAAAGAAAAUUGAAAAGGAAAUGAUAUAAAUUGCUUACAAUAUGCAAUGUUCCUUAUGUCAUUAUUUAUUUGAUUUGUGGAUGUCAGCUUCUUUUGGAGCUUCAGGAGAAUAAUUAAUGAAUCUCCAGUAUAUAUUGUAUAGCAGUGGGGCUUAUCCAGCAUUUUGUUCCAACAAUGACAUUUUUUAUAAAGAUAUUGUUUGCA